GACUACAAUGAAAGCUUUAAAUGUAUAAAACUAAGUUCACAAGGCGAAGUUCAAAAUUUACAAGAUGGCAAUUCACAAAGUGCACGAGAUGACAAUUCACAAAGUGUACAAGAUAACGAUUCACAAAGUGUACAAGGUAACUCUUUGCAAAGUGUACAAGGUGACGCUUCACAAAGUAUACAAGGUGAUAAGCACAAAAGCUUAUUUUUGAUAGAUAAGGCUUUUCUUUUAGUAAAUAAACUCACCAACCUUGCAAAUAGUAGUUCAACAAGUCUUGCAAACUACCGAAUA